AUGACUACCUCCGGCUUUCCUGUUAAUGACCCAGUCGAAUCGUAUUGGCAGCUGCCUCCACAUCGUAUAGCCAACCACCGCACUACUCCAGAUCUUCCACCUAAUGUCGACUACAUUAUCGUUGGGUCUGGUAUCACUGGAGCCACUAUUGCGUACAAGCUUCUUGAACGUAGAGCUUCUUCAUCAAUACUCAUGAUCGACGCAAGAACCGCCGCAUCCGGUGCAUCUGGUCGAAACGGCGGGCAUUGCCGCGCUGGAUGGUGGCACCGAUUGCCCCGCCUUGUGGAAAAAUACGGAGAAGACGAAGCUAUCAAGAUCGAUAAUCUUGAACAAGCCAACGUACGCGCCAUGGCGGAGUUUGUGCAGUUGCACAAUAUAGACUGCGACUUUAGGCCAACCGAAACAGCAGAGCUAUUCAAGACUCAAGAAGGGCUAGUCAAGGCAUUGGAGGUUGUCAGAUUUCGACAAGAAGUGAGUCAGCGACGACCAGAAGCUGGCAUCGCCACAUUUCAGAAGGUCCUGCAAGGGAAGGACGCCCAAGAAGCGUUCGGUAUCCCUGACAUUGUUGGUGCCACUUCAUAUCCUGCAUACACACAAAACCCCUAUCUCCUGGUCUGCCACAUGCUCGAGCUCAGCCUGGCCAAAGGCCUCAACUUGCAGACCAAUACCAUGGUUACGGAUAUAGUCCAGGAAGAUGGUGUCUGGCGCGUUCAUACGCCGAGAGGCGCUGUGCAGGUUAAGAAUGUCGUCCUUGCUACUAACGCAUAUACGAAUUCCCUUUACCCUGACCUAGCGGCCACGGGCUUCCUUGUUCCUAGUCGACGUCAAGUGGCAGCUAUCCGUCCAGGAAGUAAAGCUCAUAAUCUACCAGCCCUGAACAAGAGCUGCGCUCUGGCGGAUUACAAUGGUGGGGACUACUUCUUGGUACGGCAAACAGGGCUUCGUGGAGUUCAAGACAUACUUUACGGCGGGGGAGAACAUAUCAACAAGGGAACAGGGUGCACCGACGACUCCAGAAUCAAUGUCGAAAUCGCCGAAUAUCUCCAUCAUGCAGCAGCCGAUUACGUCGGACAGGAUGCUUGGGGCACCGAAGGCGAGGUAGUCCGAGAUUGGGUUGGAAUUACAUGCUACACGCCAGACUCGUUCCCACUUGUUGGUGAGGCCCCAGGACAGCCAGGGCUUUGGGUAUCUGUCGGGAUGAACGGUCACGGAAUGGCAUUUGCUUAUAAGUGUUCAGAGGCGUUGGUAGAAAUGAUGGAGUGUUCAGAGCCGCAUUGGCUACCUAAAGCGUUCCGCAUUGAUCGAGCAUUUAAUUCCAAGUAA